UUUAGGGUUUUUGAAGUACACACAUCAACGAGAAUACGAUCAGCCUGUCGUCUCAAUUCAACAAACUCGUCGCCGACCUUUGCCCCGACGAUUCGCAGAGUAAAUUGGAGGCAUCAUGCUCAAUUUUCCAUCGCAGAAUUCGCGUCUUGCGCAUUUCAAAUCAACCCGUCGGAACCGAUUCCCCACGAGCUUGUCGGCGGCUCCCAUGAGUUCGUCCGCGACAAGCCCUGGGAGUUCAACAAGGAAACCGUGCUUGACGUAUUAGACGCCCUCAACAUGGUGAGGAGUUGAAGUUGGUGCAGAUGCCUAAUUGGAAGGGCAAUUUGUGUGAUUUGGAAAAUUAGGUCACAGAAGGCCAAGUUCCUGGUCGAGCCCAAUAGACUCGCUGAAGUGAUAUGGUGAGUUUGCAGUUUGAGGUGGGGCCAAUGUACAUGUUGACGCACCGUGCUCAGGCCUGUCUGUGCAAUUGCACUGGCGGGCUGAAGCUCUUCCGUGGAGUUUCUUCUCUUCCCAAUGGUGGAAUUUGCCUUCCAAAAUUCUUCAGUUACCAGUGCGCGAAUUGGGGGACAAUAGGGUGGAAUACGUCUUCCGUCGGAGAUUCCUCAAGGGACCGCGUCUUAUGCUCUAAAGUUGGACCAAGGAUAACAUUGUGCGAUAGUUACUGUGCACCGAAUUCGAAAUUGGGCCGGGUACGGAGCGAUGGCUCCUUGAACAACUUCGUAAGAGCGUUUGUGGGUGAGACAAUUGCUAAAACAGCGGGGGCAGUUGGGUCAGGUAAGGAGUCGGCGAUGGCGGAAGACAACGUUGAGGACACAGAUGUUAGGGGUCGGAAGGGUAGGGUUGUAAUCAUCGCGGGGCCGACCGGAGUGGGCAAGUCUCGUCUGGCGCUGGCGCUCGCUAAACGUCUGAGGGGGGAGAUUAUCAGUGCCGAUUCGGUUCAGGUAUACAGGACCCUGGAUGUUGGCAGCGCGAAGACACCGGUGGAUGAGCGCGAGGGGAUUCCACACCAUCUAAUUGACAUCGUUGAUCCUUCUCAAGAUUACACCGCUGGAUAUUUUUACGACGAUGCAAGGGCAGCCACGGAAUUGGUUCUUACUAAAGGGUCUGUACCCAUUGUUGUUGGGGGAACUGGCAUGUAUUUACGAUGGUACAUGACUGGAAAGGUAGGAGCUCCGAAGGCCACGAAGGAGGUAUUCGUAGCAGUGGAGGAAGAGGUUGACAGAUUGAUUAAGGAAGGUGGAGGAUGGGAUGAUGCUCUGCGCAUGCUUGCAGAUGCUGGUGACCUGACCACAGGUCCAAGCUUGGCCCGAAAUGACUGGUACAGGCUGCGCCGGGCUCUUGAAAUUAUCAAGACAUCAGGUCAGCCUCGUAGUGCAUUUUCGAAGCUUAGAAACUGUGAUCCAGAUGCUGCGACCGAAGGUGCUAGCUGGGAUUAUGAUUUCCAUUGCUAUUUUCUUUAUCAACCUCGUUCAGAGCUCUACCAAAAGGUAGACCUACGGUGUGAACAGAUGGCGCAAGAGGGUCUGCUGGAUGAAGCCUCGUCCUUGUUGGAUUCUGGCCUCCAGCCCAACUCUAAUUCAGCCUCGAGAUCCAUUGGCUAUCAGUUGGCUAUGGAGUUUCUGAUGGAGUGUCGUCAAGUGGAAGGCGCGGCCACAGAAGAGCGAUUUUUUCUUUUUCUAGAGGAAUUCCAACGACACUCCAGGAAUUAUGUCAAAAGGCAGUUAACAUGGUUCCGAAAUAAAGGUCAAAGUGAGCAGAUGUUCAACUGGAUUGAUGCCACACAGCCCCUAGAAGUGAUGGUGGACGCCUUAGCGAAAGAGUAUGAAAGGCCCAAUGAAGUGGUGAGCGAUGUCCUGAAAGCGGCAAGUGUUGUUACCAAGGAGUCUAGUUACAAGGAGGAAAACCUUUUGAAGCGCUACCGAACUCAAAACAGGAUAUUUACUAGUAACAGUGAGGCGCUCAAGCGUACUUUACAAUGGAUACGAGAUACCCAGUGUCUAUGGCGGAACAGUAGCACGGUGGAUGAUCUCCAAAAGAGAAUGGAAUCAUCCUUGACGACCUCUAUGUAACGUUGCUUAUUUUAUGAGUGAAGAUUUUGACUACUAAUGUUGGGUAUCAAAGUACCCUUUUGGAAAAAUAGUGUUGCUAGCCGUGAGCUUAGAAUCGACUGAAUGACGUUGGCUUGUGUUGCAAAUGUAGUCCAGCCUGAACUGUAAUUUCCCUCAACAAGGCUUUCCGAUGUACCUUGGAUUUACACCGACAAAACAGUAAUACCUGCUUGGCUCGAGAGAAUCUAAUUUGUUUA